AUGGCGAGUGAAUCCGGCAUGAUAGGUCCUUCAACUCCGUCGUCGAAUUCCGUGGAGUCCUACAUUGGUUCCUUCAUCAGCUUGAUUUCCAAGUGCGAAAUUCGCUACGAAGGUGUUCUCUAUUUCCUUAACUUCCAGGAUUCCACCAUUGGCUUGCAGAACGUUAGUUCCUACGGAACGGAGGGAAGAAGAAAAGAUGGUCCACAAGUUCCUCCAAGUGAUAAAGUUUAUGAAUACAUUCUUUUCAGAGGAAAUGACAUUAAGAAUUUGCAGAUCAAGCCCUCCUCCACAUUUGCCAAAGAACCAGAGCAGAUUUUUAGUGAUCCAGCUAUUAUUCAGAUACGCCUGCUUUGUCCAGUAAAGCCCUUCCUGUUGGGUAAGACACCUAUGCCAUAUUCUGCAUCCAUGACUUUUGAUGGAUCAAACAUGCCUUCGUUUUCUUUACCUCUCCAAGACCUUAGUUCUAUUGAAGGUCAAAUAUCUGGAAAAAUUUGUCCUGACCCAAGACCACUUUAUGCUGGACAUUCCGACGUUCAUCCUGCUUCUUCAUUUGUAGAUUCUACUUCAGUUCCCUUGCCAACACCUCCAUCUUUUUCGACUCUAGAUCAAUUUGUACACCGUGGAGAACAGUUGUUUUCUUUAACACCGAAUUUGACCCCUAAUAGGAAGGAUGUGGGUUCUCUGACUCCAGCAUCUUGUGGUUCCUCUGUAUUAAUGCCUUCUCCAGCAUCUAGAGCACCAUUACUACCACUACCAACUUCUGUACACAAGCCUCAAUGCUCAGCUUCACAGUUCACUGAAGAGUUUGAUUUUGAGGCCAUGAAUGAAAAGUUCAAAAAGGAUGAAGUAUGGGGUUCUCUUGGAAAGGCAACCACAAAAAUAGUAGGAGCAGAGGAUAAUGCUUCUCCUCUCAGUUUGGGCGACAACGAAUGUCAUGGGAUGAUACCAAACCCUAAGUCUGCAUACGAGAAAGAUGACUUUUUUGACACAAUUUCUUGUAACUCUAUGACUCGUGGAGUGAGGAAUGGACGAAAUCGUUUAUCUGAGAGAAUGAGACUGGAUACUGAGACAUUUGGCAUUUUCCAACAGAGGCCGAAUGUUGGUUAUGGUGGCUAUGGUGCUGGACGGGGUGAGAAUUUCAGGGGCUCAUAUAAUUGGGGAAGGGGUUAUGGCUAUGGUAGGAGAGGGCGUGGCCCAAACUUUCCUUUCUAGUUAUGGCUAUCGACAUUUUCUGUUGAUCUCCUGUCCGCCAAAGCUCCCCGUUAAUUUUGCCUAUGCCCUUUGUAUGUUCUUGGGCUUUAUGUCAAUGAUGUUAACAUGUUUUUGGAACUUUAAUGUCCGGAUGCUGGGAUGUCAAACUUUCAUGCCUAGUGGUCUGACGUCUACUUUCAAGUAAUUACUGUCUAUCUAGGAAUCAGUAGCCUGAGGAACUCCUUACUCUUUUGCUCCCCUCUUAAAAAAAUGAUAUAUUUUCCUUUUUCCAAUUUUUGGUCGUACAUAUCCAUUGGUCAGUAGUUCAAGGUCACAUUUCAAAAUACCUCCUAUGGUGAUGUUUCUUCCGUAAAAUUUUGGGAAUCCCACGUUUUCUGAACUUAAUUUUUGGUUAUUUAUUUUUCUAGCGUUUUAAAGUGGGCCUAUAUUUGUAUUUUCCGCUCUUCGAUAUCUUCAGUAAUUCUUUUGAAAUGUCAUUGAUUUUAUGACGCAUUAAAUUAGGGUAUUGUUAUUUUUCUAAUUAAUUUGUACAUUCCCCAAUU